AUGUCGGACUUCCGCACCUGCGGUGGAAAGUGGCAGAGCUACAGCACUGUCUAUCCAGAAAGCAGGCAUAGCAGUUGGAGUGGGGAGGAGCGAGCCAAGGUGUCAGUGACUGCCUUGCUGUCACACUUAGCCACACCACACUCACUAAACUCCGGAGAUGGGUGUUGUGAUCUGAAGCUUCUUGCCGGGGAGGGACAAAGAGACAUUGGGGUCAUUCUAAGCGUCACUAUGGCAUCUGAGGACAUAGGAGAUGCUGUGGGUCGUGCGACAGUGGUGGCCUUGUCAGCCGGGUCCAGAAAUAACCAUGUCACUUCAGACUACGGCAUGCCUCUGAGUCAAAGCAACACACGUCCACAUUCUCACGAGCCAGAGGUUAGCCACCAGGGCAGCGGAGACUGCUGCUCACCGCUCCCUCUCUAUUGGAAGUUAUCUUAUGAUAGCGGGUCUUAUGAUGGUGGGGAGGGGACGUUUCUGGAUGCAGGAUGCAAAUGCUGGGAAUACUCCAACCCUAAACAUGCUAGCGCUGUAGCUGAGUUCGGCACCACAUCUCUGGGGGAGAGGGGGACGCAUGCUUUGGUUUCCACCCAGCUGUGUCUGACAUGUGAUCCAGUGGAAAGUCUCUCAGCCUGCCAGGAGACUGACUCGGUCUGUGGGACCGCUGGGACCGAGACAGAGCCUCGGGAAAACCAGUCCGAGAGGAGAACAGAGGGGUUUUCUUCUCCUGCUGUGACUCCCCAGGCUGUUGCUCUGCCAAAGGUGAGCUACUCCGAGGGCUCUCCCUGCCAGCUGGAGCCCAGCACGGCUGGCACACAACACCCUUGUCCAUCCUCGGUGCCCUGCAGACGCAGCUUUAGGAGGAGCAGCCUGCCAGUAGCUCGGUGCCACUUCUCCUGCUCUCCCAUAGGGGAGGGAGGAACGCCAGGAAUGCCAGCCAGGACUAUCGAUGCCCGCUGUUUGCACUUCCUGAAAGAUGGCUACUCCAGCCUAGAGAGGCUCAACAGGAGACCCAGAGCCAAGGUCUCCGUGGAGAGAUUCUUCAGGAGGGCCUCGAUGGAUACCAUGCUCUCCUCCUCCAAGCAGUCCACCAGCCCCCAGAAGAGCGAUAGCGACGGCGGCCUGUCGGACAGCGAGUUCAUCCACAACAGGAAAGAGCGCUCCACCGUGCUGGUGAGGAGGUACUACAAAAACAACCGCAAAGUUGAGAAGUCUGUGCGCGCGGGCACCAAGGCCAUCGUGAGGUUUAUGCUCUCGGGACACAUAGCAGAGAAGGCCUGGGAGGCUGUUUGCAAAAGGACCUGGCACCCCAGUGAGAGACCCAUCGUGUCAGUCAGAGGGCACGGCGCGGGGCCUCUGGCCGUCAGCCUGUGGGGUUACAGGGGCCUGCUCAGAUACAUGGGGGCCAGACUCUCAGAGAUCCACCAUGCGCUGAGUGUUGAGGACAACCUGCUGCACCCGUGCAGGAAGCUCCUAGCCUUUGCUGGAUGUGUGUGUCUCAGGGUGACAUGCCCGACUCAGCCUAGGUACGUGUACCGUGCCAGCUCCCAGAGGACCUCAGUGUAUGUCCAUCUGACCGGGGCCCUGUUGGAGGCCACCGCCGCCCUCGGGGCCCGAAGCACUCUGCCCAGUGUAACCGUUGGCUCCACUGGACACGCCAUGCUCAAAGAGCGUCAGCUGUGCAGCAACAUGUCGGCGUCCAGCGCGGUCCCGUCCAACGUGACGGGCAUCAGCAAGGAGCUGGUCGAGCUGCGUCACCUGAUCCAGUUCCCCGAGGAGAUCGCCAGCAUCCUGACGGAGCAGGAGCAGCAGCUGUACCGACGCAUCUUACCCCUGGACUACCUCUGCUUCUUCACCAGGGACCUGGGCAGCCCCGACUGCAGCAGGCGCCUGCACCCCAGCCUCAAGGCCUCGCUGUCGGCCCCGGCCAUGCCCAUACAGACCCAGAGGAACACUGUGGAGGACCUGGUCACGCGGUUCAAUGAGGUGAGCUCGUGGGUGACCUGGUUGAUCCUGACUGCGAGUUCAAUGGAGGAGAAGAGAGCGGUGUUCUCCUACCUGGUCCACGUGGCCAAGUGCUGCUGGAACAUGGGCAACUACAACGCCGUGAUGGAGUUCCUGGCUGGACUACGGUCUCGUAAAGUACUGAAGAUGUGGCAGUUCAUGGAGCAGUCGGACAUUGAGACCAUGCGCAGGCUGAAAGAUGCCAUGGCGCAGCACGAGUCUUCGUCCGAGUACAAGAAAGUGUUGAACCGUGCCCUUAACAUCCCAGGGUGUAAGGUAGUGCCCUUCUGUGGCGUCUUCCUCAAAGAGCUGAGUGACGCGCUGGACGGGGCCGCCAGCAUUAUCAGCCUGCGCCACUCAACGCACGACUCGCCUGAGGACUCACUAGAGUUUGUGGGGGACUACGGUGGGCAGCAGCACUUCCUGCAGAGGGCGGGGCCAGAUGGGCUACACAGCCAGGAGAAGGAGGCCACGGUCAGCAACAUCCUGCAGAUCAUCCGCUCCUGCAACCGCAGUCUGGAGAUGGAGGAGGGAGAGGAGGGCCACCAGGAAGGCUCCUCCAUCUCCUGCAAAAGGACAUUCAUGGACAGGAGCAGGAACCACUCUUUCAGGAGCACGUCAGAUUCCAACCGUGUCUUGUUUGUGGUGGGAGACCUGUCAGACUCUGAGGGCGACCUGUCUGAGCAGGCUAAAGAGGUGGAAUUCCAGGGCACCGAGGAGACCCACCGGGCCUUCGGCCACGGCACGGAGCUCAUCCCCUGGUACGUGCUCUCCCUCCAGCCUGACGUCCACCAGUUCCUCCUGCAGGGAGCCACCGUCAUCCAUUACGACCAGGAGAGCCACCUCACCGCUCGCUGCCUCCUCCGCCUGCAGCCCGACAACUGCAUCCUGACCUGGGCUAAUCCCCAGAGCGGCAGCCCCCCCGCGGAGCCCCCAGGCCUGGGUCAACCUGUAGUGAACAGCCUGUCGGAGGGUCUGCUGGACCUCUCGGUGGUCAAGGCUGUGUUCCUGGGCCACUCCGGGGUGGACUUACAUGCUGUGUGUCUGCAGAACAAGCUGUGUCACACCAUGAGGGCUGAGGAGAAUGGGGUCAGUCUGCUUUACGGGCUCCAUACUACAGACAACAGGCUGCUGCACUUUGUGGCCCCCAAGCACACAGCCCGCAUGCUGCAUGAGGGUCUGGUGGAGCUGGUCAACGCCAUGAGGAAGCUGAAGAAGUUCCCUGAUCAGAGACUGCACUGGCUCAGGAGGCAGUACGUCAGCCUCUAUCAGGAGGAGGGCAGGUACGAGGGUCCCACUCUUGCUCAGGCUAUAGAGCUGUUUGGGGGCCGGCGCUGGAACAUGGGCACAGGGGGCACAGAGAAGCCCAGCGCUCAGAAGCACAACUCCAUCUCUACCACCAAGAAGAAGAAGAAGGCUCUCACCAGGGGAGACAGCGGGGACGCUACCGAUGACGAGAUAUUCCAACGGAAAACCAAGAGCUGCAAGGACACCCUGUGCAGGAACAGGCCGGAGCUGUGUGACGGCAUGGACCAGGAAGGGCUAGAGGACGGCUUCCCUGGACCCUUCUCCCUGUCGAGCUGUAAGACCCCGGGUUCCUCCUCCUCCUCCUCUUCCUCCAGUAUGGGCAGCUCCAACCCCUCCCGUCCUCUCUCCUCCCCCGUCCUGUCAGGCAGCACCAAGGCCCAGCCAGGUGCGUGGAGCAGCAGGAGCUGGCACGGACGGGGGAAGGGCUGUUUCAAGGGCUUCCAGAACCUCAUGAUCUCUGGCAGCACCAUGAGUUUCAUUGAGUUCGUCGAGCUCUUCAAGUCUUUCAGCAUUCGGAGCCGUAAAGACCUGAAGGAGCUGUUUGACACCUACGCCGUUCCCUGCAGUCGCUCCGGCACGGAGUCUGCCCCCCUCUACACCAACCUGAGGAUCGACGACAAGGACACGGGACUGCAGCCUGACCUAGACUUGCUGACCCGUAACGGUUCGGACCUGGGCCUCUUAAUCCGAACACGGCAGCAGAUGUCGGACAACCAGAAGCAGAUCUCGGACGCCAUUGCGGCAGCCAGCAUCGUGACCAAUGGGACAGGUGUGGAGAACGCCUCUUUAGGGGUGCUGGGGCUGGCCAUCCCACAGCUCAACGACUUCUUGGUCAACUGCCAGCGGGAACACCUGACCUACGACGAGAUCCUCAGCGUCAUCCAGAAGUUUGAGCCUUGCAUAAGCAUGCGUCAGAUGGGUUGGAUGUCCUUCGAAGGUUUUGCCAGGUUUUUAAUGGACAAGGACAACUUUGCGUCUAAGAACGAGGAGUCUCAGGUGAACACGGAGGAGCUCCAGUAUCCCAUGUCUUACUACUACAUAGAGUCCUCUCACAACACGUACCUCACUGGACACCAGCUCAAAGGAGAGUCCUCUGUAGAGCUCUACAGCCAGGUGCUGCUGCAGGGCUGCAGGAGUGUGGAGCUGGACUGUUGGGAUGGAGAUGACGGAUCACCCAUUAUCUACCAUGGGCACACCCUCACCACCAAGAUCCCCUUCAAGGAUGUGGUGGAGGCGGUCAAUCGCACUGCUUUCGUCAACUCAGACAUGCCGGUCAUCCUGUCCAUUGAGAACCACUGCUCUCUACCCCAGCAACGCAAAAUGGCUGAAAUCUUCAAGACUGUGUUCGGAGACAAGCUGGUGACCAAAUUCCUGUUUGAGAGCGAUUUCUCUGAUGACCCUCUGCUGCCCUCCCCGCUGCAACUGAAGGGAAAGAUCCUCCUCAAGAACAAGAAGCUGAAAGCACACCAGGCUCCCGUCGACAUUGUCAAACAGAAGGCUCACCAGCUGGCCCACAUCCAGGCCCAGGCCGGCAACGGGGCACCGGCUGGCAGCUCACCUGGUAACCACAAUGAUGAUGAUGAAGAGGAGGAAGACGAGUACGACGAUGACUAUGAAUCCCUGUCUGAUGAUAACAUCCUAGAUGAUAAACCAGACGGGAAGUCCUCUGGUGACAAGGAUGAUCAUCCCAUCAUUGAUGAGAUGCCCAAGAGGAUGAAGAAAGCAGACAAUUCUGUAACCCAGAGCAAAGGGAAGGUAUUUGACAUGGAGCUGGGAGAAGAGUUCCAUCUCCCCCAGAACAAGAAGGAGAGUCGACAGAUCGCUCAGGAGCUCUCUGACCUCGUCAUCUACUGCCAGGCCGUCAAGUUCCCUGGCCUCUCCACCCUCUCUCCUUCGGCCUCUGGCAGAAGAAAAGACAGAAAGAGCAGGAAGUCCAUCUUUGGCACGGUUCCUGGUCGUAGCGGAGGCAGCCCCGGGGAGGCGGUGACGCUGGGCCGGACCCCAGGGAAGGGUACUAUUAGUGUCCCUCUGCCCUUCUGGCUCCACGGCAUGCAAGUGGUGGCCCUCAAUUAUCAGACUGACGACCUGCCCAUGCAGUUGAACACAGCUCUGUUUGAAGCAAAUGGGCAUUGUGGUUACGUUCUGAAACCUCCAGUGCUGUGGGAUCGCUGCUGUCCCCUCUACCAGCAACUCUGCCCCCUGGAGAGAGAUGUAGAGAGCAUGAGCCCAACACUCUAUUCUCUGACGAUUGUGUCGGGGCAGAAUGUGUGCCCUGCCAACAGCGCGGGCAGCCCCUGUGUGGAGGUGGACGUGCUGGGCAUGCCCGUGGACUGCUGCCACUUCCGCACCAAGCCCAUCCACCGCAACACGCUCAACCCCAUGUGGUCAGAGCACUUCCUGUUCCACGUGCACUUUGAGGACGCCUGCUUCCUGCGCAUCGCUGUGGUUGAGAAUAACAGCUCCCAGACCACCGCUCAAAGGACGCUGCCUCUACGGGCCUUCAAACCAGGUUACAGACACAUCCAGCUGAGGACACAGCACAACGAGCCCCUGGAGGUGUCCAGUCUGUUCGUCUACAGCCGCAGAGUAGAGGAGAGCCCCACCGGCACAGCGCUGCCUGCUGCCAUGCUGUUCAGUUCUGAGGAGCGGAGGACAGCCCAGCAGCACCAGGUGACAGUCCAUGGUGUCCCAGGUCCAGAGCCUUUCACUGUAGUGUCUGUGAAGCAGCAGACCACCGUCAGACAGCUACUGGAUACGUUACCGACGUCCACAGAAGGUGCCGGUGAGUACUUCCUGUGUGAGGAGAAGGUGCCUCUGGUGAAGGAGCGCAGUGACAGUAAGCGGUGUCCUCAGCAGCGCCCCCUAGCCUCCGAGGAGGAGAUCGUCAGGGUGGUCAACAGCUGGCAGCCUGAAGAGGGAUAUGUGGGCAGAAUCUACCUUAAAACCAAGGAAGAGAACCUGAACUGUGAGAACAGAGUGGUGGAGAGAGUGGAGGAGGGCGUGGAGAAGGUGGUAGCAGGGGAGGACGACACCUUCUUCGUCCAGGUGCACGACGUGUCCCCAGAACAACCUCACACAGUCAUCAGAGCCCCUCGAUACAGCACGGCGCAGGACAUCAUCCAGCAGACGCUGAGCAAAGCCAAGUAUUCCCUGAGCAUUCUGAGUAACACUAACCCCAGUGACUAUGUGUUGGUGGAGGAGGUGUCGAAGGAGGCCAGCAGUAAGAAGUCUUCUCAAGCUAAGCCCUUCCAGAGGGUCCUCCUGGACCAGGAGUGCGUGUACCAGGUCCAGGGCCGCUGGAGGGGCGCAGGGAAGUUCAUCCUCAAGCUCAAAGAACAGAUGGCCCGUGAGGACAAGAGGAAGGGCAUCUCGUUUGCCAGCGAGCUGAAGAAGCUGACGUGUCGCAGCCGGAGCAUCCCGGCUCCAGCCGCCCAGGAGAGCAGUCACAGGUCUCUCUCUGCAGGACUCGGGGCCUGGGUGAUGGAGGGCCGGGCUGAGGCAGAGAGGCUCCUGCUGGGGGGUGGGGCCCACACCGGCUAUGUGACCCCUUCUACUUGGUCCCUCCCUCUGCUGAGGAACUGGAAGAUCCACAAAUGAAGCUAGGUCCCCUCCACCACCAUAGAGAGCACCUGUGUUCCUGAACACACCAUGAUGAGUCGAGUUACUCCCUCCCAUGAGUGAAGAGCUUCCCCCAGAAAGUCCUACCCAGACUGGCUGGCUGAUUUGGAAUGUCGGCUCCAGGAUGACGGUUCUGAGUGAAGGAAGACCUCGUCAUCUACAGGGUCGUUAGCCGUCCCCCCUCUACCUGGGUCAUAUUCAUUAGGGUACGCUGUAGCGGAACAUUUUGCAACGGAAAAUUAAACAAAUGAUUCUUACUGGACAAGUUUAGGUAGUCCCUCUGUGUUUUAGUUUUCUUCCGUUUGGUGCCCAAUGAAUACACCCUUGAAGUGACGCCCAGGGAUGAGGUAGCAAUGUUGAGGAGGCAGACUGGAUGUAGCAGCCUAACCCGGUUCAGCCUGGUUUCUUUGAGAAUGAAUACCCACAGCUGAGUCAUGCCCUUACUGUAUGUAGGCCGGUGUUGAAUGGCUGCAUUGAAUCCAGGCAGCGUAUGUCGUUGUGGUGCGGGGGGCAGCUAUAACUGCUGCUCGCAGCCUUUCUCCUGCUAAGAAUGAGGGCAUUGUGAAUGUGGCCAACAAGCUGGCUUGUUGUUUGAUUCCCUUUGUGACCCAGUUUUCACAGUACUGUCAUAUCUAACACAUAGUUGUGUAUUUGAAGAUGUUCAGUGUUUUGCACGUAGUUGUUGUUUUGCUGUUACGCUCAGUACUUGCUCUCUCUACUUUGAGGGUGAAUCAUUGUUUGAUAUGAAGUUGUGAGGUCACCUUGAAUGGGUUUCCACCUCAAUGUGAUUUUGGCUUCAAAUGCAAACUUUUCAUCAGGUCAAAGUUGAGAACCACCAUCACUUCUUGAAUGUCAAACGCAAGAGAGGUUUUCGAAUCCCCAGAUAUAAUUAUUUUCGUUAAAACAUAAAAAUCUCAAGUGUAGUUUUAAUGUAAUGUUAUUGAUUUCUUUCUAUUGGAGCACACAUAACCAGCAUAACAAGGUCAGUACAGGGUUUUAGAGUUUUCUGAUGUUGUUCCCAAUUUAUUGAUUGGCAUAUUGAUUGCAGACCCUCAGCAUUAUCUAGUAACAUUUGUUUGAAUCGUUUGCUGAUGAAAUUGAUUAAAAUAGUAAACCGUAGUCUACUAAUGGCUCUUGUCAAUCUGGAUUGCUGAAGCUUUAGAUUGCGAGAUCGAAAUUGAAACGUCCUUUCGCUAAUACGUGAACAUUGCCUUUUAAAUUUCAGUCACGCUGAUCUUCCGCGAUACGGAUUGACUCGAACCCUCAAGUGUUUUAACCGAUGUCCAUUUCAACUAGUUGUCAGAAACUUUGUUUAAUCGGGGCCCAUGUUGUUUCCCUCCUUGGUUUGGACUGUGGAUCACUGUGUGUGAUUGUCUGUAGUUUUUCCAACUCAGUACAUGUUUUAAACUAUGAAGGUUUGGCAUUUUCUAAUUCAUUCUUUAUGUUGUACUUUGUGUGUGUAUCUUGUCUGAUCGUUGGUACUGCCCAGAUGUCCACUUCCUUAGGGCAUUACAGAUCUAGAUACAUAUUUCAACCUCUCCCCUGUGUCCAUACAAUCUCACAGCAGACAAAAUGAUGGGCUUUUAUGCAGCCGCUGUAUGAGAUCUGUAGAUGCUACAGUACUUAAGUGACCAAUAUCAACCAAUUAGCAACCAAUCAACUACAACUAUCCAUCAUGACAAUAUUAUGGAAAAAGUAUCAACAAACUGCAUUAUAACUAUAAUUUUUUUACAGCGGUUUUUCUUUUGGUAUGUUUUGUCACCCAAGGGACACUUUUAUUUUGAAAAAAUAUAUUGUUUUAAUUUGACUUGGUUGACUAUGGCCUCUGGCUCUUCAUUCAGUUUUGAGUAAUCAAAUCCAAACAGUAAUUUUACCUUAUGAGGAUUGUAAUGCCGAUGACAUUUGGCUGACAAUGUAAUAGCAAACUACCAUCUCUUCCCUGUUUGCUUUUGAAGGGGUCAAAUUUCUUUCUCUUAACCUUUUAGAGCUGAGUUGUAAUAUAACAUGAAUAUUGUUGUCGAGAUGUUUUGUAUGUUAUAUUUAUUUGAAUGUGUAGCCCUGGUUGGUUCUUUCCUUUAUUAUUUUGUGUACAAAGCUCUUAUCGAGUUUUUCCUGCAAGUAGAAAAAAUAUUUGAAUUGUCUUAAUUUAUUUGAAGGUGUGGAGGAAAAAUGCUUUCACUGCUGUGACUAACUUUAUAUUUGUAAUUGAAAUAUGUACUUUUAACAUGGAGGCUUUAAUAUAUAGCUAGUAUUAGUUAUUCUGCUGCACACUGGCAUUGUAUGCUUUUCAUGUAAUGUUUAUUAGCGUCAAUGCUGAACAUUUAACGUUUGUCAAGUUGUGUCAAGCGCAUACCGUUAUGGUAAAUUGAAUUUCAGCGACUAAACAUUUCCACAUUUAUGUUUUUAGCUCUUGGAGUCGCCAUGAUGAAUGUCAUAGUAACGUGUUCACUUCAUGUGAUGUGACCGUCGGGGGACUAAUGUCUUAAUUACUUGGACUAUUAAUUGUUCUAUAUUAUGACCACAAUAAAAUCAUUAGUCAUA